AUUAUGGGAUUGUAUAUAUGUAAUGUACCGUAAUCCAUUUUAUUAUUAUUACUAUUAUUAAUCAUAAAUGAUUGGUUCAUAACUGGUUAAUUAUUAAUUAACUUUUCAUCAAUAAUAAAAUUUCAUCUUAAAUAUCAUAACACUGAAUAUACGAGUAGUAUAGUACAAUUGAAAUUCAUUUAACUGACAUAGGUGUCAACUAUAUCAUAUAAAUAAAUAUAUAUAUAUAUAUAUGUUUUGUUUUAAACAAAAUGAAGUCAAUUUAUACUAUAGAUAUAAUGAAUUUCACAUCAUUUUUUCGCAUAGUGAUUAUCAAGUAAUAUAUUCAAUAUAAAACUUUACAUAGUUUCAAUUUUCAACAAAAAAAAACAAAAAACAAAAACAACAACAAAUAAAGAAAAAAGAAAAACAAGACAGAAAAAAAAGACAAACGAACUAAUUCUAUUAUCGUUUUAAUUAUUAUUAAUAUUCAUAAUUAAUUAAUAAAAAAAUGUAUUUAGAUAUUUUCAUGUAGCAAUCACAAAGAAAAAGGUAUCAAUAAUUCAAUUUCAUGCAAUUCAUUGAAUUAUCUAAUUCAUUUUGGAGUUUAUUUAAAUUGAGAAAAAUUAGUUUUCUAUUAAUCAAUUUAAUUUUAUUUAAUUAUGAAGAGAGUUUAGGAUCAGGAUAUAAUAUAUCAAUGAAAUAUUAUCAUCCAUAUUCUAGAUGGCAGAGACGAUCAUUAACUCCUUGUGCAUGGCUUGAACGUGGUGGCUUUUUUAAUAUGCCUAAAUAUUAUAAUUCAUUAUCUCCAUUUGCACAACGUCGUCAUAUUUGUUCAAGUUAUUCAAGUUGUCCACUUACAUGGCUUCCAACAAAUGAUGUUAAAUCAUUAACAUUUAAGCUUAUAGGUACUGAUGAUAUGCGCGAUUAUGAAUUUCAAGCUCAUUUUUGUAACAGAAUCUAUGAAGCACGACAUCGUUAUUGCACUAUGGAAGAGGGAGAAAUCGCAUUUGAGUUGAGGCAGAUAGGGACAUGGUUGAUGGUAGAUCGCAUCAAUUGUCGAUGUUUAGGCAUUGCUGAUGUUGAACGUUAUGGAUACAGUAAAGGUGUUCAAUUCGGAGAUCGCGUUUUUCGUGGUAAUUAUAUACACAUGACAUGUGCGACAAAGCCUCAAUGUAAAGUGGAUGAUUUUUGUUAUAUUGAAACACCAAGUACAGAUGGUUAUAUUUAUGGUGGUCGAGUACCAUGCAUUUGUCCAAAACAAUAUCAUUGUCCAAUUUAUUUUAUACGAGAUAAACGUAUUCCACAAAUCAAUGAUGAUGGACGUGUUAUCAGUUAUGGAAUUAAAUGUAAACGAAGAAAUUAUUAAUUAAUUACAUUUUUCCUUAUUUCGAAUAUAUAUCUAUCUAUAACUCCUCCAGUUUCUUUUCUCUCUUUUUAUUUUCUUUUAUUUCUCGUUAUUAUUUCUGUUAUAUAAGAAACACUUUUUUCUUUUUCUUUUUUCUACAACCAACUUUUAAUUACUUAUUUUAUUUUUACAAUAUGCUUACUAAUUUAUAUGUAUAGCGUACAGUUUUUGAAUGUUAGGGAAAUGAAGAAAUAAGGGAAAAGAAGAAACUGUCGUACGACAACAACAACAACAACAAAAAUUAAAGUCUUAUUCAUUUGCAGAAAGGAAUUUUGUGGAGGUUUUCGGUCAUUUUAAUAGUUGAAUUAAUGAGUCAAUUAAAAGGAGACCAUUAUGGAAAACCUGUAAGCACUGGACAGUCGUUUUGUCUUAGUAUGGAACACUUUAGCAGUGAGCAUCCAUGAUAUUUGCGAGAGUCGAACACAGAACCUAUCAGUCUCUCAUGAACGAAUGCUUAACCUUUAGACCAUUGAGUUGACAUCGAAUGGUGUUAUUGUUUAACUUCAACCGAUCCACAAUAUUGCGUCACCAUCCACCAUUGUCUUCAGCGAGUUACUAUUUUACAACAGACCUGAUUAAACUUCACUGGUCACGGUUUCUCACUAGUACUCCAAGAAAUACCUCUUGAAGUCAGUCACUAGUGAGCACAUGAUGAUUAUUAUCAGAAGGAGGUUCUGUGGAGAUUUUAGUAAUUUAUUAUUUGAAUUAAUGAGCCAAUUAAAACUAUAUUUUUGCUUUCAAAAACGUUUAUGGUGAAUUACCUGUAAAAUUUGUGUUUAACAAUUUGAGUCAACUUUUGACUGCAUCAGUCAUAACUCAUAGUAAAUGGUUAUAAAAAUCUAUGUUUGUAAUCAAAUCUAUGAUAGAUAUAUUUGUUUUUAAGAUAAUACAUGAAUAUAUUGAUAACGUUUUACAGAAGGAAUCUAGCUUAGUGAGUUCUAGGAUUCUUUUAAAUGUUUAAAUAAAAUUAGUCCUAUGAUGGUAUACAAUUUCCUCUAAGCGUUUAAACAUAUUGUGAAACAAAAACUAGGCUGUUUAUGAAAAUCCUACAUUCUUAAAGAGUUUGC